UGGAGGAGGAACCUCAGAAAGUCCGGCAUUCGUCCAGGAAGGCGAAUUGAUCCGGGUGGACCCCAUGACCGACACCAGCUCCCUUAUUAGUGCCGCGGCCUCCGGAAAGCUGCGCCUGGUGCGCCUGCUUGUGGAAGGUGGGGCACAAGUGGAUGGAUGCGACUCCAGGGAGGAGACGGCCCUGCUGGCCACUUGUAAAGCCCUACGAGGAGAACCUCCUGGACCUGAAGCCAUGAAGAUCAUCACCUACCUGCUCCAGAACAGGGCUGAUCCAAAUGCAAGGGACCAGGAGGGGCGGACCGCGUUGAUGUACGCCUGCAUGGAGAGAGCCAGAGCUCAGGUGGCGUCCCUUCUGCUGUCUGCAGGGGCUGAUCCCAGCAUGGUGGACCAUUCGGGAGCUUCGGCCCUUGUCUAUGCCGUCAACACACAAGAUGAGCCCACGCUGAAGGUAUUAAUGGAUGCCUGCAGGGCCAAAGGACGUGAAAUCAUCAUCAUUGCCACAGAAGUAAGCAGUGGGGCUGAGUGUCCAAGCUACCCGGACAUCCUCUCACCCCUUGACACAUCUUCUUCUGUGUCCUGCAUGUCCCCGUCCGACAUUGUCCUCAAGAUGGGCUCUCCCAACUCCUCUGAGAGUGAGAACAUCUUCAGCUUCAAAGGAACAGUCUUACCAUUUGAUUGGCUGGGAAGCAUCAUCAAGCCGCCCUCCGGUGGCCUCCGGUGGCCUCCGGUGGCCUCCACCCAGGCAGGGAAUGAUGUUCUCCGAGCCGUGGCUGAACAUUCCCAAUCUGGACCGUCUCACCAAAGCUUACGAGGAAGGCCUGAAGUGGAGGAACCUGCACAAGGAGAGAGGCGGAGAGGAUGUACAUCACUCCCAAAGCCGCAGGAACACUCUACCCUCUGACAAGCCUCUGCUUCCCCUCCCGCCCUUGGUGAACAAAUCAAGCACUCCCCUCCAAGUCUCCAAAAGUCCGCCCUGGUCAUCUUCAUGCAGGACAUCAGGAAGGAGACCCUCGCUCCCGCCGCUCCCCAUCAUCAUGGCGCCUCUUGUUUCUUGGAGGAACAGGAACGUACCACGACGCCACUCCGUGCAGCUUGAACACAUUUGAGGAGAAUUUAGGACUAUUUUUGACAAGGUGCAUAUUUUUGUUGUUUUUUUUUAGGUUGUAGAUAUACUUUAUUGAUGCCAUAAAUUCAUACAUGUCUACACAUAUACUACAUAUUGAACUUCUUGAAGUUGAU